CAACGGCCAGGACACUUCCGGUCCCCACAACAGCGCUCGCCAGCCUUGGACCUCGGGGACCCCCGGCGGGCGGCCGCUGCUCCAAAGCACUUGGUUCCCCAAUCCGGGCUGGUGGUGUCAGUAAUUAACACUGUGGACACCUCCCAUGAGGACAUGAUUCACGAUGCCCAGAUGGACUACUAUGGCACCCGCCUGGCAACCUGCUCAUCAGACAGGUCCGUCAAAAUCUUUGAUGUACGCAACGGAGGGCAGAUCCUCAUUGCAGACCUCAGGGGUCAUGAGGGACCAGUGUGGCAAGUGGCCUGGGCCCACCCCAUGUAUGGCAAUAUCCUGGCAUCCUGCUCCUAUGACCGAAAAGUUAUUAUCUGGAAAGAGGAAAACGGCACCUGGGAGAAGACGCACGAACACACAGGACACGACUCCUCAGUAAAUUCUGUGUGCUGGGCCCCCCAUGACUACGGCCUAAUCCUGGCCUGUGGGAGCUCAGAUGGGGCCAUCUCCCUGCUGACCUACACUGGGGAAGGCCAGUGGGACGUGAAGAAGAUCAACAAUGCUCACACUAUUGGCUGCAAUGCCGUCAGCUGGGCCCCUGCUGUUGUACCUGGAAGCCUCAUAGACCAGCCUUCAGGACAGAAGCCCAACUACAUCAAGAAAUUUGCCUCAGGCGGCUGUGACAACCUCAUCAAGCUGUGGAAGGAAGAAGAGGAUGGCCAGUGGAAGGAGGAACAGAAGCUAGAGGCACACAGUGACUGGGUUCGAGAUGUGGCCUGGGCCCCUUCCAUUGGUCUACCCACCAGCACCAUCGCCAGUUGUUCCCAGGAUGGCCGUGUGUUCAUUUGGACCUGUGACGAUGCCUCAAGCAAUACGUGGUCUCCCAAACUACUGCACAAGUUCAAUGAUGUUGUGUGGCACGUGAGUUGGUCCAUCACAGCCAACAUUCUGGCCGUCUCCGGUGGAGAUAAUAAGGUGACCCUGUGGAAGGAGUCAGUCGACGGGCAGUGGGUGUGCAUCAGUGAUGUCAACAAGGGCCAGGGUUCCGUGUCUGCUUCCGUCACAGAGGGCCAGCAGAACGAGCAGUGACAAGACUGGCGGGGCCGGCUCCCCACCUGCCAAUUCCUGGACCAACUGACCAAACAGCGGCAAGGAAGCGCUCCAACAAGAUGACUUUCCCAGGAAUAGUUAAAACUGCAACGAGAUUGAUCAUCUGCCUUAACAUGAUUUGAUAUGGUUUGUAAUUUACAAAGCACUCAUUAUGAGGGAGAAACUACAAAUGAUCUAUUAUUUAAAAAUAUUUUUUGGCCAUUUUUAUGUACCUUUUGGGUUCAGGCAUCAUUUGGGAGUUUUUGUUUCCAAAGUAAUUAAACAUGAUGUUUAUAAUUCUCCCUACAUUAAUUAUCCUCCCUAAAAAAGUUCAUUUUGACUCUUGUUGGUCAACAUGAACCAAGUCCCUGCUGGUCUGUCACAGUGUGAGCAUCCUGGGGAUUGAGUUUAUACCGAAGGUACCAUGUACAAAGCACUAUAAAUGGAGUGCUAGGCUUGGUCUUCAGUUACGGGGACUGUAACCCUGGCUCUGCAUGCACAUCCUCUUCUGUAGAAUGAGACUAAUAAAGUCUGCUCUACAGAA